UUGGGCCUAACAAAGCAACGUAUAUGCUUGUGCAUGGCCUUGUUCCAUUCAUAAAAUCCGAGAUCACCAAAAAGUUUUGGGGUAAGCGGUUUGCCAUACACCUAGACGAGUCUUCUUACAACGGUUUGGAGAAAACUUGACAUUUUCAAGGACAAAUCAGGAAUAAGUGAAGUAUUUGCAUACUAUUUCAGAUGACGAUGAUGACAAAAUUCAAACUGACUGGGGUAAAUGCAAUGAAGUGCAGCUGAAAGUACUUCUUCGAAGAUACCAGAAAUUUUUUGGGUCUCCGAUAACGCAAACAAUUUACGUGUUACAGGAUAAACUGGAGUCAUUGAGCAACAACGGAACAUUUUAUUCCAACCUUGAAAUGUUAACUUUGAGUUAAAAUUUAGAUGUUGUGAAGAUGAAAGACAAGUUGCCACAUUAGCGGUUGUGUUUGGGUCUUUUUCGCUUAUUGAACUGUUCAAGCAAAUCAAAGUGGGAUCGCUUUCUGAGGUGUAUUUGCUUUGCUAGUACACCUGAAAAGCUUGUCGAAGAGCUCCAGAAAAAGAUAGCUGAACUGGAACUAGAGAAAACAGCUGUUGUUGAACAUGCCGAUGCUAUAUCUGCAAGAUAUGCGUGACAACGGGAAGUGUCCGCCCAGUGAACGUCUGUGGACCAGAGUGGACCAGAACUGCAGCUGGUAUGCAGAAUACAUGCACUUUGGCAACACGCCAGUCACUGUAACAUCGGCCAGGAAAUCGUGCAAGGAGUUUGGAGGCGUUCUGGCCGCUCCCGACGAAGACAAGGAAAUUCAGUGCAUACUUGAGCUGGCGCCGGAUUCUCUGCUGGAUUUCUGGACUGCGUGGACAGAUGAGAAGCGGGAAGGAAUAUACAGGGCCUAUAUGCACCCACCAGGGCAUUCUUACUUGACAAACAAUUUUGCCCACUGGUCUCUGGGGGAGCCGGAAGUAAAUCCAGACAAGGCAGACAGAGAAGACUGUUUGUACUUCCAGAGGUCAACUAAGGGAUUCGCCGACACACCUUGUGCGGAUUCGAGGAAGUUCGUCUGUGUGAUUUACGAAGACGACUAUUGAUACAAUUAGAACUGUAGGUUCUUCAAAUAAAUGACGAACAAUGACUAGAAUCAAAAUGAACUAAAAUAAAUUGUAGAGAAAGGCUGAAUAACAUGAUAGUAUAUUAA